AUGUCACUUACCCUGUGUAUUUAUGAUAAUAGCUACUUUUCGGUAUUUAAAAAAUUUAACAAGAAUAAAAAAUUUUAUAUAAAUAAAUUCUCGAAAAUCAAAAUGAAUUGUUUAAUUUUAUUCACUAAAGAUCAAAAGAGAAAAAAUCACAGACAAAAGAUUCCACGCUUUAUCCUUUAUAAACAAAUGGAGUUAGAGAUUUUGAAAUCAUACAAAAACUCGGAGAAGGAGCUUAUUCCCAAGUUUUCAAAGUCAAAAGAAUUUCAGAUUCACAAAUUUAUGCCCUAAAAAAAGUCAGAUUUGCACCUUUAAAGGAAAAAGAAAAAACCAACGCUUUAAACGAGGUCAGAAUUCUUGCUUCUAUCAGUCAUCCAAACAUAAUUGGCUAUAAAGAAGCUACACAAAUAAAAUGGCGACGACACCGACCCGUCCUCUCCCGGAACUGUGGCGAGAUUUGGGGACCUUGCUGCGGCCUGAAGCCAAUCCGCCCAGGGAAAGGUCUGGAAUGGGUAGUGGCAGUUUGUGCCCGGCUAGGUUUCCCUCCAAGUCCAGCAACGACGAUCCUAGAGUCGUCCCGAUAGGACACGGGGCAAAAAGGGUUUUUCCUCUAGGGACCGCUAGUGCCAAUUUGGAGGGCAUGGCAGGAGCCAACAAGAGCUAAGGAGUUAAUCCUUAGCUCUAACCCUAGUCUGGCGACGUGAAGCACGGUGACCCAGUUCGCCUACUUCUGGGGUAGCAUGAUCAAGCCCCAUGACCGGAAGGAGCUGAGUGGUAGCCUGUGGCACUUAGGUGCACACUGGGAGCAGGGUAAGGAAAGCAAGCGAGGCGUCCAAAAGGCGGAAGAAAAGGACCUUCGGUCCUGGCCGGGAGCUACUCUAUAAAUUUAACUAAGACUAAGACUAAGGCUAUAAAGAAGCUUUCGUUGAUGAAUCUUCACGAAGCUUAUGGUAAUUUUUACCUAGCAUCAUCAUGGAAUUUGCAGAUGGAGGAGAUCUCCUAUCAAAAAUUCGGCAACAUAGAGACCAAGGCACAAGAUUUUCAGAAAACGAAAUAUGGGAUAUUUUAAUCCAAAUGGUCAAAGGAGUUAAAGCUUUACAUGACAUGUCUGUCCUCCACAGAGACCUUAAGUGUGCAAAUGUAUUUAUAUGCAAUAAUGGGAAUGUAAAAAUUGGAGACAUGAAUGUCUCAAAAGUUUCAAGCGGAGAAUUAGCUUACACACAGACUGGGACACCUUAUUAUGCUAGUCCUGAAGUAUGGAGAGACCAGCCAUAUGACUUAAAAAGCGAUAUUUGGUCUUUAGGAUGUGUGAUUUAUGAAGCCAUUAUGCUAAUUCCGCCUUUUCGAGCUAAUGAUAUGAGCAGUUUAUAUCAAAAAGUUACGAAAGGGCAUUAUCCACCAAUUUCGAAAAUUUAUUCAGCUUAUUUGGCUAAUACAGUUAAAGAUUUGCUACAAGUGAACCCAGCACUAAGACCUAAUUGCCAACAGAUUUUAGAUAAUCCAAAUGUGCAUCGGCAUCUAAAAGGAGAAAAUGAAGAUAAAGGCGACCCAAAUGUUUUAUUAAGAACUAUUCCUUUCCGCCCUGUUAAUAUCAUUAGAUUUGAGCUAUUUUUCUUAUAAUAUUAUUUUAAAAUUAAUGGAAAACUCUAUAUAACUUUACCAAGGAAUUUUUUAAAUCUAGCGAAUAGGCUUCCAGCUGCGAAAUAUAGACAUGUUAGUGCAGAAACCGAAAGAAUUCCUGGAUCAAGAUAUCAAUCUCCAGGUUCUUUUGAUGCAAAAAGAACGAUCACUAGAGAUUCAGAUUUUAAGUUACCGCCUCUAAUCAGACCCAAAGUGCAGAGUCGUCAACCUCUUGAUCAGAAAAUCCAGGUUUUAAGAGGUAGAAUUGCUCAGAAAGUGCGUUAA